UCAUCUCAAAAUCUGUCUCUCUCUUCCAAAUUUCAAAAUUUGAGCGCAGGCCCCUCUCUCUCUCCCUCUCUAUAUCUCUCUCUCUCUCUCUCUCUCUCUCUCCAUUGGAGCUUAUUCCUGUGCUCUUCUUAAAUUCCUAUCGGAGCCCAACUCUUGCCGGAGACCCAACCCCGAACCCCCUAUUACUCUCUUCGUCUUCUCUCUUCCUCCCUCUUUCUCUCCGUCAUCCCAAUCUUCAUCAACAGUGACAACAACGACUGAAUGGAGCCACUACAAAAUGACGAAUCUAAAAGAAAAAUCUGGUAUAUUUAACAUAUCAUGGUAUAUUUCCAGCAAAAGAGUAAACCAAAAGAAUCUGGUAUACUGUUAAGGUGGCUGAUCUGUAUUAGAAACGUUGGGUUAUGUUGAUUCUCUUUAUGUGUGUAGUUGGUUGGCUCUCAUUCUAAACUGAAUGAUUAAUUAUUUUUUUUUUUAGUUAGAUAGGAUGAUUAUUCUUUUGUACCAAAAUAUUCAUUCACCUUUUCUUGAAGGUAUUGAAAUUUGUUAAAGUGAAAAGGUUACCAGUUAUGAUACUAAUUCAAUAACAUCCUUUUAUUGAAGGUUUGCUAUACAUGUGUCAUUUUGACGUGGAUUGAAUUCUAAAAUUUGCUGUUUGGACUUAAAUUUUAACAAAUAUUUUUAGAUUUCAUUCUUUGCUUAUGCUACACUGUAAUAUAAAAUUCAUUAUUUGGACUUUAAUUUUGAAGUUUGUUAUUUGAAAUUUAUGAAUGUUUUUGCCAAUUUACUGUGUAGAAACAAUUUCAACUUCUUAUUUGUGAAGUAUUAAACUGGAGUGAUAUAUCAUUUUAAAUUGAUUUAUUACAAUUGAAUUAUGUAGCACGUGUAGUACUAAAAACAUUAUUGACCGUACCUUUAGGCACGGGUUAUCCCUAGUAAUAGAAUAUAAAUGGGAUAAUGAACCCCCACAUCAGAGUUCUUCAGUGACUUGAGUUGGCUAUUUUAAUAAAAAGUUUGGAAAUUUGUAAAAAAUACAAUACAAUACAAUACAAUUGUUUGUUCGAAACUGCUACGUAGCUCGAAUUGUCGAGCUCGAAAUUGGCUCGAAUCCAAUUUCAGAAGCAGAGAAGGAGAAGAGAAGGAAGGAGGAGGAGGAGGACUGGAAGGGGCAUAAUCACAGGGGGAGAAGAGAAGGAAGGAGGAGGAGGAGGAGGAGGAGGAGGAAGGAGGAAGAGGAGGGGCUCAGCCAACGGCAGUGGUGCUGCGACGAAUGGGAGGGGCUCGGCGGGGCCGGAGGCGACGGCGGUGGUGCUGCGACGAUCGCUAGUGCUGCGACGAAGCGAAGGGGCCCUCUCUUUUCUCCAUUCCCUCUUCCCCUCCUCUUUCUCUUCUCCUCUCUUCUUACUCUCUUCUCUCCCUCUUUCCUCUCUGUUUCAAACCACCCAAAACGCCCAAAACGACAUUCGAGCCAAUUUCGAGCCAAGGUUUUCGAGCUACGGCUCAUUUUCCUUGUUUGUUGAUGCUACUUAAACAAAAAUUUUGAAUCUCCGUAAAUGCCUGUUUAACAAAAUUAUUAGAAAAUAAAAUUAUGUAACGCAUUCAAACUUAAUAUGAUAGAUCAUACCUCAAAUGAAUAUGGUUCACAUACUUACAGUGGGAUUUGACAAAUUUUUUUUAAAAAAAAAAUUUAGAAUAUGAUUACUAAAAUUGUUAUUUUUUUGAUCUUCCGAAACUUGCUUUCUUUACUUUUCUUUUUUUAUAAAAAUUACAAUACUAUUACAGAAUUAUGGAGCCCUUAUAAGGUGACGGUUGAAUUUUUGAAAGUAGAGUAAAAUCAUCUAACAACAAAUUUGCUUUAAAAAGCUAAUUAUUUUGAUUUAGCCUUUUCCAAACAAACUUUUGACACUCAAAAAUAAACUACUUAUUUAGGAGAUUCGAAGAAAAUACUUUCUAUAGAAAUUUCUAUGCAACUCUUGAAGUCUAAAAGGAAUAAUAGUUGUGAGAUGUUAUCAGCUUUAUUAUACCAAAAUAAACUUCCUUGUGCGUGAAUCUUCUUGUAAUAGAUUCAAAUAACCUGGUUGAAAAUUACCAAAGAAACACCCUUUUGAGACUUUGACCAACAAUGCAAUUGGCACAAGAUGGGCAUUUUCGUAACUUCAACAUUAAGUUUUUUUUUUGUUUGCUAGGAACAUUAAGUGAUUUAAAUGUUAAAAACGGAUGAAGUAUUUAAAUUGUAUUGGGAUAUACAUUGAGAAUACUUGAGCAGUUAGAAUUCUACCCAAGAUAGAUUUCCAUUGUAAAUCUUAUUAUUGGAUCCUUAAUAUAUAGCUUGCAAAUCCAAAUCCAACCCAAAAUGAAAUUUUGUUUUUCAAAAAUUCACAUAAACCCAAAACUAACAACCUAUAUAUAUAACACACUAACCCAACAACAAGAACAGAAUUUUGUUUUCAAAAGCAAUAUUUUGUUUUCAAAGAAGAAGAAGAAGAAGAGAUGGCGGAUGGGAAUAAUGAAGAGGCGAAGAAGAAGAUAGAAGAAUGGUUACCGAUAACGUCGUCGAGGAAUGCAAAGUGGUGGUACUCUGCUUUUCACAAUGUCACUGCCAUGGUUGGUGCUGGUGUUCUUAGCCUCCCUUAUGCCAUGUCUGAGUUUGGAUGGGGUCCUGGAGUCACAGUACUAGUCCUGUCAUGGGUCAUCACUCUCUACACACUCUGGCAAAUGGUUCAAAUGCACGAAAUGGUUCCUGGAAAGCGGUUUGACCGGUACCAUGAGCUCGGCCAACACGCCUUCGGUGAAAAGCUCGGGCUCUACAUUGUUGUCCCUCAGCAACUUAUUGUCGAAAUCAGCACUUGCAUCGUUUACAUGGUCACCGGAGGAAAAUCACUCAAGAAAGUCCACGAAUCACUUUGUAUUGAUUGCAAAUCGAUCAAGACUACCUAUUGGAUCAUGGUUUUUGCAUCGGUUCACUUCUUUCUCUCUCAUCUGCCGAAUUUCAACUCCAUCUCCAGCAUCUCCCUGAUCGCUGCCAUCAUGUCCUUGACUUACUCCACCAUUGCUUGGGUGGCAUCCCUCAAGAAGGGAAUCCACCACCAAGUGGACUACAGUCCGAGAGGGAAAACCACCACGGGCAACGUCUUCAACUUCUUCAGCGCUCUCGGAGACGUAGCAUUUGCUUACGCCGGACACAACGUAGUGUUGGAAAUUCAGGCAACGAUCCCUUCGACUCCUGAGAAACCUUCCAAAGGACCCAUGUGGAAAGGAGUGUUGGUUGCUUAUGCUGUCGUUGCCCUUUGCUAUUUCCCAGUAGCUCUUGUUGGGUUCUACGUGUUUGGUAACAGUAUUGAUGAUAACAUUCUCAUUUCAUUAGAUAAACCCAACUGGCUUAUUGCUGCUGCAAACCUGUUUGUUGUCAUCCAUGUCAUUGGAGGCUACCAGAUAUAUGCAAUGCCGGUAUUUGACAUGAUGGAAACUUAUCUGGUGAAGAAGAGGAAGUUCUCGCCUUCUUCUAUGCUUCGCUUCACUGUUCGCACAUUAUACGUUGGGGUGACAAUGUUCAUCGGACUCUCUAUCCCUUUCUUUGGUGGCCUAGUUGGAUUUUUUGGUGGAUUUGCUUUGGCCCCAACCUCAUAUUAUCUCCCCUGCAUCAUUUGGCUUAAACUCUACAAGCCUAGAAAGUUCAGCUUCUCGUGGUGGUCAAAUUGGAUCUGCAUAAUCAUUGGUAUUCUUUUGACGGUCUUAUCACCCAUUGGGGCGCUAAGGAACAUCAUCCUCCAAGCCAAGAGCUACCAUUUCUACUCGUAAAUCCAAUAUCUUGACAGCAAUCGGCGUGGUUUCAAGUUCAAAAUCAGAAGGUGAAGAUGAAGAUGAUGACGACGACGACGACGAAAGAUGUUGAUUGUGGCCUUGGAUGAACUGGUUUGACAGGGGUUUAUAUUAUUGUUGUUUUUUAAGGAGUUGAUGUAUAUAGUUUAUCCGCAAAAACGGCAUCUGACAAUGGAGACAAAGGACAAAAUGGUUUUAUUUUAAGAAUUUUAUUAUUUUAUGGGAAAAUUUGUGAGCACAAAUUCUGGAUACA